AGAAUGAUAUUGGAGCCCAAGUUCGUCGACUAUGGCAGCAUCCAUACGAGCGCAGCAUCAGCAGACGGGGCCAUCAUCAGUCAGCAUCAGCAUCAGAACGGCUUGCUGAGUCCGAGAUCAGCGGCCCUUCUUCCCGCCAUCGACGACGAACUGCCCAACACCUCCAGCGCGAAUAAAAUGGCACAAGGCGACCUGUACCAGAGGCAACCGCUGCUGCCGGGCGGCGCAGGCAGCAAAGCGGAGAAGUGGGGCGGCCAUUCGGGCGCUGCCGCCGCCGAAUUCUACGACGACGACGACGACGUCGAUGGUGCGUCGAAGGGCGUCGACAGGAACGGCCACAUCGCCAUCGAGCUGCCGUCGCCGGUACGGGAGGAACCGAGGUUCCCGCAGGAGCGGUGCAAAACUAUGCUAGCUGCGAUAAUAAUGUCGUUCAACUUCAUUCUGACGUUGACUUCGCUGAGUCUCGUCCACGAACGCGUGCCGAACAAGAACGAGUACGCCCCUCUUCCAGACGUGUUCCUCGACAACGUGCCCGAAUACAAUUGGGCGCUCGACGUCUCCGAGUACAUCAUCAUAUUCUGCGUCAAUACCAGUAUGGUGACCAUGGUGUUCCACAAGCAUAGAUUCAUCGUCUUCAGAAGGAUCUUCCUGCUGAUGUCGCUCCUGUACCUAUACAGGGCGAUCACGAUGUACGUGACGGUGCUGCCGAUGGCGAACACCGACUACCCCUGUUCGCCCAAAUCGAACGAGACGUCGCCAUUACUGAUCGCCAAGAGGGUGGUCAAGCUGAUGUCGGGGCUCGGAUUGUCCGUCAAUGGGCAGCACGUCUACUGCGGGGACUUUAUUUACAGCGGGCACACCGUUAUUUUGGUCUUCACCUAUCUGCUCAUCACCGAAUAUACACCGAAAAAAUUGUACCUCAUUCACUGGAUGUAUUGGGUGUUGUCGCUCACGGGUAUCGUGAUGCUCGAGUUGUCGCACGGCCAUUACAGCAUCGAUGUGAUCAUAGCUUAUUUCAUCACCACCAGGACCUUCUGGCUGUAUCAUACUCUCGCCAAUAAUGCAACUUUGAAGCUGCACUCUUCAAACAACCUGCUGGGUCGCGAAUGGUGGUUCUCGAUGUUCCUGUACUUCGAGGGGAACGUAGGGGGGCCCCUACCGCGCCAGUUCGACUGGCCCCUACCGUGGCCUCGUCGGUGGCAUCUGAAGAGUCGCGCCAGUUAG